CUUAUUUUCACGGUAAAAUGUAAAAAGUACUUUCCAAUAAAAGGUAUAAAUCAAAAUUACCCUUUCACAAAAAAAAUACUCGUCGUAAACUAUACGUUUCACAAUUGCGGAACAAUACAAAAUCGCGGUGAUUUCAAUGCCUUUGUGCCUGUGACAUUUAAAAAGGACUGAAAGCGUAGGAAUCCAUCUCGGAUCACCGCAAAGAGAUUGCGAUCAACCCCGGUGAUAAUGAGAGGUGCGCACCCCCUGGCCCAAAGGGUGGUGGGGUCCUUAUAUACUGUUUGGUCCAUGGAACUACUUCAGUUGUAAGAACAGUGUUAGUGAGUGAAGUUAGUUACUGGGUAUAAGCAGGUGGUCAACGGAGGCGUGCAGACAUGCGCGCGUUGGCACAGAUUUUUUCACUUUGUAUAGGAGUAUGUGCGGCUUUUCCCAACACCAUAAACGAUGAUUCCUACGAACAGCCGAUUUAUUCCAACACAAUACAACGAUUCAGUCAGACUACAGAAACAAGACCGGAACAGGAUGUCAGAGCUUUGAAGAAAGUUUUUCUAUCAAACCGAUCGAUUACUUGCAACGAUGGAUCUCAAUCGGGAUUUUAUUUAAGAAAAUCCCAUACUAGUAAGAAAUGGAUAAUUUUCCUGGAGGGUGGUUGGUAUUGUUAUGACCAUCAUAGCUGCAGAACUAGAUGGUUACAUCAAAGACAUUAUAUGACCUCUUCUCAGUGGCCUGACACCAGAGACAUAGGUGGAAUUUUAUCCAAUAAUAUGGAAGAAAAUCCAUUUUGGUGGAACACAAAUCACGUCUUCAUUCCAUAUUGCACAAGUGAUAUUUGGAGUGGCACCAAACAAGCGUCACCUCAAGAUAUGUUCAGUUUUAUGGGCUCCCUAGUUAUCCAGCAAGUUAUCAAAGACCUCAUUCCUCUCGGACUAGAGAAUAGUACUGACCUGUUACUCACAGGAAGCAGCGCUGGAGGAACUGGUGUUAUGCUAAAUCUUGACUUCGUCAAGGAACUCCUCCAUGAAGAAUUAAACUUGAAACAAAUAAAUAUAAGAGGAGUGACUGAUUCCGGAUGGUUCUUGGAUAGAUCUCCCUAUGCUCUUGGAAGUACCCUGAAACCUACAGUUGAAGCAAGUCGAAAGGGAAUGGAGUAUUGGAAAGGAAAAAUUCCCAGUAGAUGCAAACAAGAAUACCCGUAUGACGCGUGGAAAUGUUAUUUCGGAUACCGCCUCUACCCAUUUUUAAAAUCUGAAUUAUUUGUUUUUCAAUGGCUUUUUGAUGAGGCUCAAAUGAACGCCGAUAACGUCGGUACACCCGUGACCAAGCAACAAUGGGACUACAUACAUAAGAUGGGGGACGCGUUGCGACACAGCUUUGAGAACGUUUCCGCCGUCUUUGCGCCGUCCUGCGUCGCUCAUUCUAUACUUACGAAAAGAGACUGGCAAAACGUAAAAAUCGACGACAUUUCUAUCGCCGAGGCGUUGCAUUGUUGGGAACAAAAAACCAGUAAAAGGAGGUCGAGGAGGUUGAAGAACAAUAAAAUGUUCGGAGACCAACCACCUAGGCUAGCCAAUAGACAGAUGAAACUAAAGCACGCGGAGAAAAUUGAAAACAAUUUAAACAAUUCGACUAUUGACAACGCGCUAGAAAGUAAUAAGAAGAAAAGAAGGAAGAAGCAUAAGAAGAACAGAAAGGUCAAGAGAAGGAAAGAUCGUUUAAACCAAAACGCUCACGCAAAUUCCACUAAUCAAACAUCCAUGCCAAUCACGUCAAAUACAUUGAGCGCUUUAGACAAACGCGCACAACGUUCAGUUCUCCACUCCCAAAGACGUGCUAAUGGGCGUCAUUGCGCUCAUAGGAGGAUGGAGCGAUGUUCCUGGCCUCAGUGUAAUCACUCUUGUCCUCGACUACAAAAUCCGUAUACCGGCGAAGAAAUGGGCUUCAUAGAUUUGCUGAAAUCGUUCGGUUUAGACAUGGAGAGUGUUGCCAAUGCCCUCGGCAUUGAUAUGCAGACUUUGAAUAACAUGGAUCAAGCGGAACUUCUUAAUUUAUUGACACAACAGAAUAGUUAAAGUUUACUGUAAAUUAUAAUAACUCGAAUUAACCCACUAUUGAUAAGAAAUACAAUAAUUAUUUAUAAACAAUUGUUCUGUCAACCAUUAGUGGCGUUAAUUUAAAAUUUCAUAUAUGAAAUAUGUAAAAUUAUAAUAGUAUGUCUAUAUGAAUUUCUUUGCUUUAAAACUAUCCGAGUUCUAUAAACUUGUUUGUAAAUAACUAAAUGUAAUCAUUCUUGUACUAAAUGUAAAUAGAUAAUUGUGUAUGAAUUAAUGUUUUAGUGUUCAGUGCGACUUGAUUAGUGGUCAGUAGUGUAUAUAAUCUAGUUAAUGCUACAGUUAUAUGUAAAAAGUAUUUUUAUGUAACUUUCAACUACCAUAUCUGUAGAAUUUUAUAAAUUAUUGUACAUAGGAAUAUUUAUUGUAGAGAUAUUUUAUUUUUAUAUUUAAGUAUUACACAUUGACAAAAUUACGGGCAAAAUCUGUUUGUUCUUUUUCUUAUUUAUUUUAACAUUUUGCAUUUAAAACUUUCUUAUCCAAAGAUUGUUUGCCCCAUUACAACAAUAGGACUGAUUUUUGUUCUACCUCAGUUUGUACAGUCUAUUAGUCAGUAGGUUACCUUAUUUGUAAAUUAUUUAAAGUUUGCA